GUCUGGGAACAGGUCCCAACAUGCCGUAGGAACUUGAAGUAUCCAUUAAUACCAUCCUGCAACCAUCCUAUAAAUUUGCAGUCCAGGGUACAUAGCAACUCGCUCACCGCAUUUGCCUCCUACCACCACCAUGGCAGAACAAAUUCGUGUUGUUAGUCUCAACUGCUGGGGCUUGAAGUAUGUCUCGAAAGAUCGGGCCGAACGAGUUGCAGCAAUAGCUAGUGCGCUCGCUCGCUCGGACUACGACAUUAUUGCGCUCCAAGAAAUCUGGGUUGAGGCAGACUAUAAUCAAAUUCGUGAGAGUGUCGUCUCUCGCUUGCCCUACACAAAGCUUUUCCAUAGCGGUGCUCUUGGUGCCGGACUUGGUAUCCUCACAAAAUGGCCCAUCAUUGCCACCAGCAUGACACCAUACUCACUCGUUGGCGAACCCACAAACGUCUUCGGAGGAGACUGGUUUGUGGGAAAGGGUGCUGGGAGCGUAACGAUCAUGCAUCCUGUUCUUGGAGCGGUCGAACUUUUUGUCACGCAUUUCUGUGCUCAGGGCGGAGAAUCAGGUCCUGAGUACAACAGAACUUAUCGCCUGGUGAAUGCUUGGGAGUUUGCCAAAGUCACACGGCAAGCCGCUGAACUGGGGCGGUAUGUUAUUGCCAUGGGUGACUUUAAUAGCAUUCCAGCGGGUCUCCCGAUGAAUGUCGUCCUGAACCAUGCCGGACUAGUUGACUCGUGGGCAACUUCACAUGCACACAUACCCCCGCCCUCUGGGAUGUUAUCUCCCAUAGAGGGUGUUCUCAAUUAUGGGGUCACUGCCGAUUCACCUCUUAAUUCCUAUCGUGACUCAGAACCCUCUGGUGACCCAAUCGUUCGCAAAUAUCAAGGAAAACGCCUGGAUUAUAUCUUAUUCCGGCAUCCCAGCCCCAACGCGACCAAUGAUCACCUUCCCCGAUUGACCUGCCGAGAUAGCCAGGUUGUAUUCACUGAUACCAUUCCCGGUAACACAUGCUCCUACUCCGAUCACUUUGGUAUCGAGGCGACGCUAUCCAUUGACACCCAUGCCGGUAAUCAGGAUGAUAUAGCAUCACUGAAGGAUACGUGGUACAACUCCCCCUCUGAACUCUCCUCGAAUGUCAUAACCGAGGUGAUGAGCGCCUUCAACACGUCGUACAGGAUGUCGCAAGAUCGUUCUCGCAAGGAAUUGACUAUCUUUGGAGUGAGCAUCUUUGCGCUGAUUGGUCUCAUCAUUGGAUCCGCGUGGGUAAUUGUUCCCUGGCUUAAUCCAAUUUUUGUGCUUCUUGUCAUUUACUUAUCGUGGCUGGCUACAACUAAGCUUUACGAGGGUUUCAUCUUCGGGAACUGGGAGCGGAAAGCUUUACAGAAUGUUAUAGAAGAGCUUGAACUUUACAAGCAUACCCUGGCGACACAAGCACCACACGACUGGUAGAAAACAUAGUAUCAUUAGUACGGUUUUAUGUAGGAUUGGAGGGACUAUUUGCUGUAUGUUACUUGCUAUAUAUGGACGAGAAUACGAACAAAACGGUAGACCC